AUGGAUAUCACGCACUCGACUUGGCAACUUGUGGGAUACUCACAUCCAAAGUUGGGACCGCAAUUUUGGGCUGAUGUUGAGGGAACAUUCUGUGCUGACAAGACUGGUGACUAUAAAUGGAGUAUCGCUUGUUGCGGCACGGCCAGUCUUUUCAUUGACGGAAUAAUGAUCAUUGAAAACACUACCAUUCAGCAGCCGGGGAAUUCCUUCUUUAGAAGGGGAUCUACGGAGAAGAAGGCUGUGACGUAUAUUGAAGAGGGUCAAAAUUACCAAAUCAAGCUUCAAUUUGGAAGUCUUCCUACUUCCAAGAUUUACAAGCAAGGUGUGGUGGCCUACGGUGCCGGAGCUGGCCGUAUUGGCAUUUGGCCAGUCUCAGACCCAGACAAGGCUAUUUCUCGCGCAGCUGCCCUUGCCAGCAAGUGCAAAUACACCAUAGUGUUAGGACUUAACAAAGAAUUAGAGAGCGAGGGCUAUGACAAAUCGGCUUUGAAUUUGCCUGAGACAACCGGUCGAUUGAUUGCCGCGGUGUUGGAUGCUAACUCCGAUGCAAUUAUUGUCACGCAGUCUGGUGCGCCAGUUAACGUGCAGCCUUGGGUCUCACAGACAACGACUCUUACUCACAUGUGGCUUCCUCUUACUUUCCCCAAUGCUAUUGAAGAUACGCCAGCUUUUCUGAACUUUGAAAGCGAGCGCGGACACACUGUUUAUGGUGAGGGAGUAUACAUUGGCUAUCGCUACUACGAAAAGUUAAAGAGAAGUGUCGCAUUUCCAUUUGGCGAAUACUAUUUCACGGCCAAUGAAGGAGCUCAAGGGAUUUGCCAAGGCCUUGAACCGAGCGAGUCCCAGGAUGUUGACAUUGAGCUUGACCGUCUGUCAACUUCAUUCUGGGAUGAGACUUUAGGUUGCUGGCUGAGUGAGAAGGGAAUUUAUGGUGUUCAUGUGGGUCAAAGUAGCGCGGAUAUUGUUUUGUCUGGAUCAUUGGAGGUUAAGGAAACAACUACUUAG